AUGCUGCGAGCCCUGGCCGUGGGCCUGACCGCUCGGGCGGCCGCCGCAAACGUCGUCUCCCUCGUGGAGCUCAACAGCGCCCUCGACGGGCUCCCUGGCCUUGUCGCGGAGGGCGGCAACAAGAAGGUCGCCUUCCUAACGCAGGCGAAUUACGAUGCUGUGCACACCGUGCUCUCGAGCAACGUGGAGGUGGUGAUCUGCGAUGGCAGCGACGCGGCGUUUCCAAGCUGCACCAGCACGGACGACAUGAUUGGCUACAUUAUUGACGGGACGUUUCUGGCGGGACUGAUCUCCGGACUGCCGGAUGCGGCCAGCGCGCCGAGCCUGAAUUCGUUCUCGUCCGGCGUCGUCUCCCUUCGCGCGAUGUUCAUGGCGCCAGUGUACUCCGAUGAGAUGCCCCAUGGCACAUUGAGUGCCGCAAAGUCUUCAAUGGACCUGUCUUUAGCGGUCGACGCUGCCAUCGUGACCCUCCAGUCCAGCGGAACGGAUGAGAAAGUCCGGCAGAACAACAUGCCGUUCGAGUUCAUAGCAGCGCACACUUGCAGAAUAGACGACCCGAGUUUGUACACAGUGCCGAAUUUUGGGGCCGCCCAGGGGCUUCUGAGGACAACCUUGGACGACAAGGUCUUGAAGGUCGGGGCUCUGGGACCCUACGAUUGGGGUGGCAAUGAUGGCAAUUAUAAGCUGGACCCACCUGCCGGGUUCUAUCCAGAGUGGCUCACGGAGUUCUGCAAAGUUUUCAAUUCUUUGAAGGGUCCUGAUGGUGUCCGUUACAACUCGUCAGGAAGCAUCGCGUGCGAGAGGGUCUAUCAACCAACCUCUGGCUCGGUCUUCGAGGACUUGUUUGGCGGCGUCAGCUACGUCACGGAGCCAUACUACGUCGUGGAUUCGUUCUACACGGGCACCGGGCAACCAUGCGCAACCGACCAGGAUUGCCGCCAGGCCAAUCUUGAAAGCGAGCGCGAGUACUGUCGAAACGCCGAUGGGGGAGCUGAUGGCGAUCUGACGUGUCAGCAUCCGUCUUCGCCGCGAUUCAGGCACUUCCGGCUCUCGUGCUCCACCCUCGGGGUCGACAGCACCUUCAUGACCAAGAGGUAUACGAUUCCGUCUCCGGCUCCAGACGAGGACUUGAUUUUGACCGACGCCGCGUACACCGUCGAUGGGCUGAACGCGGCUCUCCAGGCAGGCACCAACAAGAAGGUGGCAUUCCUGUCGCAGGCAAACUACGACGCGGUGCAGACUGUGCUGGACGACGGCGUCCAAGUUGUCAUCUGCGACGGCAGCGAUGACACAUACGCUGAUUGCUCCAGCACCGACGACAUGAUCCAUCACAUACUCCAGGGCGACUUCGUGGCCGGCUUGAUUUCUGGCCUGCCAGAGUCGCACUUCGAGCAGUACCUGAAUAUAUUCUCUUCGACUGUGGUCUCGCUCCGAUCGAUGUUCAUGGCGCCCGUCCACUCAACCGAGAUGGUGCACGGGACCACGGAGCCCUCCAAGUCCUCGCAGGACCUGUCGCUGGCCGUGGACGCGGCCAUCGUGCGGCUGCAGGCUGAUGGCAAGGACGAGGCGGCCAAGCUGAACAACAUGCCCUUUGAGUUCACAGUCAUUCACACGUGCAAGACCGAAGACCCGAGCGUGUUCAUCGCCCCGAAUUCUGCUGCGGCCACUGGUCUGUUGCGAACGGUUUUGAACGACAAGAGCCUGAAAGUAGGCGCCCUGGGACCUUACGACUGGGGCGGCAAUGACGGAAACUACCUCGAGGAUCCACCCGUGGGUUUCUACCCAGAGUGGUUGGCGGUUUUCUGUGAAUACUUCAAUGCGCUGGCAGGCCCCGACGGCGUGCGCUACGAUGCCAAUGGCACGAUCACGUGCGACAGGGUAUACCAGCCUUCGUCCAGUGCUGUUUUCAAGAACUUGUUCGAUGGCGUGUCGCAUGUCACUGAGCCGUACUACACUGUAGAUGCUUCCUACACGGGCACUGGCGAGGAUUGCAGUGCUGACUCGGAUUGUCGCGUUGCAAAUCUCGCUGGGGGUACCGAGACUUGUCAGGCCAGUGGUGACGACACAAGCAAGUGUGUACAUCCGACGUCCCCACGCACCCGGCAUUUUCGAUUGUCGUGCUCCACUAUCGGCGUUGACAGCACGUUCAUGGUUGCGAAGAACUUUACCCUCACGCCCAUCGACUCCGGCUCUGAGAACGAGGUCAGUGGCGCGGUGCCGGUGGCGGCCUGCUGGAGGCUGCUGGGCGCGCCGCUGGCGCUGGUCGCGGGCCUCUGCAGCCCUUGA